GGCAGCUUCCACAACGGUUGAUAUAACCCGAAAUCAGAGUCUUCCAUAGGCUCAUCCAUUCUCUAUCCUCGCAUGGUUUUGGAACGGUUGAGCCCUCGAGACGCAAUUCAACCUCCCGAUCUCACUGUGGACUUGAUAACUUCGCGGCAAUGGAUUCUGGUAAACGGGGCGGCUUCUUCAGUGGGCGGAUCGCCCGGGCCGUUCUUACGCUCAACAACUUUGUUAUUCUGGCCUCGUCUGUCAUCAUCACGGCACUUAUGGCGUAUUUCGUACGCCGUGGCCUCAGAGGCAGGCACAACAUUUACAACCUUGUCAUUGGAGUGAUCACGCUUUUCUUCUACUUAAUCGCCAUGGUUCUGCCGUUCAUCAAGUCGUACCGCGGCUACAUGGUGCCGCUGAACUGGGUGCUGUCGUACCUGUGGCUCACGUCGCUCAUCUUCACGUCGCAGGACUGGAGCGGCGGACGGUGCCUCCCCUUGUGGUGCGGCCGGAAGCACACGGUGCAGGCCUUCUACAUCAUUGGAUUCGUGUUUCUUCUCUCCAAUACCAUCCUGGAGACAUUGAUGUGGGCAACCCAUCGGAGGAAUCGGGUUGCUGGCGACCAUGAGAAGGACCGCCCGCUGACCACCACCACCGGAGGCGCAACCACGGUGCCGACAGAUGGACAACAGACAACGACCGCCGCGGUUUGAGGUGUGGUGUAACUUUCGGAGUGGCCACGUGUGCGGCGGUGUGGCUCUGGAAACCUAAGUUUACGUUUGCUUCAGCAGUACCUCCGUCUGAGUUGCUCGCGGGGCAGUUUGCGAAUUACCUAGUUAGCCCUUGGAGGCAACUUCCAUUCUUGGUUUUGAGGUCAGACGGGCAUGUUUGGUUGAUGAAGCUCCUCCAUCUCUCAAGCCGCGUGAUUAAUCUAGGCGGUGCACAGUUUGCGGAGGGAUCGGUGGUUGGAGGAUUUGGUGUAUCUUCCUCCGGGUUGGUUUCUUAAGAUGACUUCGAGCUUGUUAUGUCAUUGCCAGGCAUCUUGCUCGAUGUGAAUAAGGUAGUACCUUCGCGAUAGUUGCCACCUCAGGAUUUAACUCAAAGACAAGAGUUGCCAGUUGGCUUAAG